AUGGGCAUCAAUACGGUCUGCUGCUCUGCCAUGUGGUCCCUCCAUGUAUCCCCCUGGACCUCAGUGGCCAGACGCUUCUUCCACUCCGGCUCAGGACGAUUAAGAUUUCUUGAGGAUAACCUCCCUCAUGGUCCAAAAGCUCUCUUGUCCACGUCUCACAUGGCUACAUGGGAAAAUCAAGUGGGGAUCAGAUUUAGUUGUCUUGAUGGGGAAUCACCCCAACAUGAACUAGGUAAUCAAUCUUUCUCAUGGUUUUCGAUGCAACAAAGGAGGUGUGGUGCCAUCAGUUUGAAGCGGACCAUGCAGUUACAAAAUUGUCGUCGUCAGGAAGGUUGCUGA